AAGAUGACACUUGCCUGUCCCUCAUGACUAUUGAUAUUCUCCAAUCGCCAUUUGAUAUCAUUUGGCUGUCGGUCUUUCUUUCUCCAGUUACACCUCACAUCAAGUUGUCCUCCUGUUGGCACAAAGGAAGAUUAGAGAAAUCUACUAUACUUCACAAGUUGGAUAGCGCGAAUUCUUGAUAAGAACCGACCCCAUUAAUGCAAGCCAGACAAACGAUGUCAUAAUGGACAUUUUCUUCUAUCUUUCUUCUUCUUCUUAAAUGCAUGCUGCAGUAAAUGCUUUGCCACUGUCAGUUUCUAUUUUUUUUCUUCAAUCAUCAGCCUACCUCCAUUAUUUAGUCCACUUCUUUUAAUCUCAUAAAAAAUUUCACCUCACAGCAUCAUUUUAUACUUCAUCUAUCCCAACGGUUUGUCUCUAUUAUCCAAGCAGCAAAUAUAUCUGGAUCUCGUCUCGUUGUCGUUUUGGUCUGUUCUCUUUUUCUACUGAAAACCCAACAUUCUUCUGGUGACUAGCUUAAGGUUGUUUCUCUGGCUUCUUUAAUUGUUUUUUGACCAGUUUAAUGCUCGCAUUCAGCGAUUUACUUGAACAAAAUCCAAUUGCAUUAAAUUCCCCAUUUGAAUUUUUCUUUGAUUUCUGGAAUUUUUGCUCGUAUUUAGACAUUUAAUGCUGUUUGAACGGUGUUUGUGCACUAAGAGUAGUAAUGAAGCAAGUGCUUUAUUGUCUUUUUAAUUGAGUUUUACCAACUUAUGUAGUCUUUCAGAAAUUUGUCAAUUAGCUGUUUCUGAUCGAUGGGUCUGUGUUUGUUUCUCAGUAGCCCAUUGAAGUUGCAACCUUUGUACGGUUUUGUUUGCAAACUUUUGAAAUUGAUGUUCUCUAGUUGGGAUUUGCAAAUGAGUUGUUCAAAUGUAGUUGUUAUGGUGGUUCUUUCGUGGAUUUUCUUUGCUUCAAGUACUCAUCAGUUAAGAAGCUAUGAGACGCAAAUUCUUCUCCAGCUGAGGAAGCACUUGGAGUACCCAAUGCGAUUGGCUGAUUUGGAAAAUUACAAUGGUGAUUUCUGUAAUUUGUCCUCCCCUCCACAAAUUAGCAUCAAAUGCGAGAACAACUCUAUUAUCGAGCUCAGGAUUAUGGGAGAUAAGCCUGUCAACGUCAGUGAAUUCAUUGGAUUUGCAAUUCCCAAUCAAACCUUAUCUGGGGGUUUCUCUAUUGAUUCCUUUGUUACGACAUUGACAAGGUUAACUAGCUUAAGGGUUCUUAGCUUAGUCUCUCUGGGAAUUUGGGGAACACUUCCAGACAAAAUUCAUCGGUUAUAUUCUCUUGAAGCUUUAGAUAUGAGUUCGAGUUUUAUAUUUGGUUCGAUUCCAUCGGAGAUGUCUAGAUUGGUGAAGCUUCAGACUUUUAAAUUGGAUGGGAAUUUUUUCAAUGAUACAAUCCCCGAAUGGCUUAAUUCUCUAACAAAUCUCACUGUUUUAAGCUUAAAGAACAACAGGUUCAAGGGUCAGAUUCCUUCUACAGUUCCCAGAAUAACAACACUGACUGAAGUUGUUUUGUCACACAAUUUGCUUUCUGGGAAAUUGCCUGAUUUGAGUAGCUUGUCUAAUUUACGACUGUUGGAUCUGAGAGAGAACCAUUUAGAUUCACAAUUGUCUCCUCUGCCAAAAGGACUGACUAAUAUUUUUCUCAGCAACAAUUCAUUUUCUGGUAGUAUCCCGGACCAACUUGGCAAAUUGAAUGAACUUCAGCGUCUUGAUUUAUCAAACAAUCAUCUGAGUGGGAUGCCGCCUACGGAGUUGUUCUCUAUGCCCAAUAUUAAUUAUUUGAAUUUAUCAUCCAACAUGCUUAGUGGUUCACUUCCACAGCAUCUCAAGUGUGGGGAUGCUCUCAGUCUUGUCGAUAUUUCUGAUAACAGAUUGAUAGGCGCGCUUCCAACUUGCCUGGACAUUGAUUCAGAUAAGAGAGUUGUGAAGACUAGCGGGAAUUGCUUGUCGUUUGAUACCGGAAGUCAGCAUCCUGAGUCAUAUUGCAAAGACACUGGAAAAGAUAAAGGACUGUCUUCUGGAAAGAAAAUAGCCCUAUUUGCUGCUGUCAUUGGGGGAAUUGUUGCUAUUGUUGUACUCUCGGUUUCUGGGCUUCUCUUUUUCUGUAAAAGACACAAAACAGAGAGGACAGUGGUUCAGCAUUUUACACCAAAGAUUUUGCAAGAUGAUGCACCACUAGGGAUUUCCGCUGAACUCCUUGCAAAUGCCAGGAUCAUUUCUAAAGCAGUGAAACUCGGUACACAAAGUGCUCCAGCAUAUAGGGUGUUUUCCAUUGAAGAACUGGGAGAAGCCACUGACAAUUUUGAUCCGUUAGCUUACCUGGGUGAGAGCCCUCUAGGAAAGGUUUAUAAAGGAAGAUUAGCGAAUGGCACCAAUGUUGCUAUAAGAUCUUUGGCUUUAUGCAGAAAAUAUUCUAUUCAGAACCUCAAACAACACUUGGAUUUGCUCUCAAAGCUUCGCCACCCUCAUCUUGUAGGCCUUAUAGGUCAUUGCAUUGAUGGUGGAAGGCAGGACGAUUCAUCUGUCCAUGGAUUGCUGCUCGUGUACGAAUUUGUCCCUAAUGGAAACUUCUGUGCUUACCUUUCAGACACUAGUCCUGAGAAAGCUCUGAAGUGGUCGGAUAGAUUAGGAUUGCUGAUAGGUGUUUCCAAGGCUGUGCAUUUUCUACAUACUGGGGUGAUUCCUCCGUGUUACAAUAACCGCCUGAAGACGAAUAAUAUACUGCUGGAUGAGCAUCGGAUUGCAAAGCUUAGUGACUACGGGAUAUCCAUAAUCACAGAUGAAACUGAAAAGGCUGAAGCUAAGGGGGAUGUCUCCAAAUCAUGGCGUUCGACAAAGUUAGAGGAUGAUGUUUACAACUUUGGGUUCAUAUUGCUCGAGUCAAUUGUGGGUCCUAUUGCAAGUGGAAAAAGAGAAGCAUUUUUGCUAAAUGAAAUGACAUCCUUUGGAAGUCAAGACGAUAUGCGCAAAAUUGUGGAUCCAAUUGUGUUAUCCACUAGUUCACAAGAGUCAUUGUCAAUUGUGGUGUCCUUGACCAAUAAAUGUAUUUUAUCUGAAUCUUCAAGCCGGCCCUCAUUUGAGGAUGUCCUCUGGAAUCUGCAAUAUGCAGCGCAAGUCCAGGCUACUGUCGAUUUAGAUCAGAAAUCAGAUACUACCUCACAGUCAGAACUUCAAUUGAGAUAACUCUCCCGUCAUAAUGGCAUCCGCGUACUUACUGUGGAGUCUUAUUGCAGUGUUUUGAUGAUGAAGCAUCUUUGUGGUGGUUUUGUCAGCAUGAAAUUGGCCAUGUUUCAACUAGCUAUUCUCAUUUUAUUCAUAAUUGAAUAGAUUGUAUAUGUUGUUUUGUUUUCUGAUUUACCUUAGGAAAUAUGCGAUAUUUCAUAUUACAGCCUCUCAAAUAUCAUCUCCAAACAAACUUGUAAUAGGAAGUUUUUUCCAUUCAUAUUCUUGUUCCUAUCAAGGAACUACUUUCAUUGUAAUGCUGGAAUUUGAUGAUUUAUCCUUAAUGGGCUCCACAAGAUGGGAUUAAUCCUCAAGUUUUUAUUUGAAUAUAGGCUUGCAUGGAUUAUGGGU